AUACUAGGUAUAUACAGUCCCGCAGGGGACAUCCGAUAUCCACAGUUAGUUCCUAACACAUUCGCGAGCCCUAAUUCUGAAUCACUCAGAACUCCAAUUUCAGAUUUUGCUGAUCGAAGGUGUCCAAACAUCUGAGACGUUACCAUGUCUUCAUCUUCCCUGCCAGCUACCACUGCUUCACUUACACAAGCUUCUGAAGCCACUAGCCCUUCUGAGGCCAUUUCUAUCUAUUACCAGAUACUUGCCAACCCUUCAUCUUCUCCAGAGGCCCUAAGAAUAAAGGAGCAGGCCAUCUCCAAUCUCUCUGAUCUGCUUAGGCAGGAAAAUAGGGCAGAGGAACUUAAGAACCUUCUGACCCAACUUCGGCCCUUCUUUUCCUUGAUCCCCAAAGCAAAAACUGCAAAAAUUGUUCGUGGAAUUGUUGAUACGGUGGCCAAAAUACCUGGUACAUCUGAUCUUCAGAUUGCCCUAUGCAAGGAAAUUGUGCAAUGGACACGUGAUGAGAAGCGAACUUUCCUUCGUCAGCGCAUUGAGGCAAAACUCGCAGCUCUUUUGAUGGAGAACAAGGAGUAUUCUGAAGCUUUGGCUCUCCUUUCUGGACUAAUCAAGGAGGUGAGAAGAUUAGAUGACAAGCUGCUUCUUGUGGAGAUUGACUUGCUAGAGAGCAAGCUUCAUUUCUCUUUGAGGAAUCUUCCUAAAGCCAAAGCUGCACUUACAGCUGCAAGAACAGCAGCAAAUGCUAUUUAUGUUCCUCCAGCACAGCAGGGCACGAUUGAUCUGCAGAGUGGGAUUCUCCAUGCUGAGGAAAAAGAUUAUAAGACUGCUUACAGUUACUUCUAUGAGGCAUUUGAAGCUUUCAAUGCCCUUGAAGAUCCCCAGGCCAUAUAUAGCCUAAAGUACAUGCUGCUGUGUAAAAUCAUGGUCAGCCAGGCUGAUGAUGUGGCAGGAAUAAUAUCAUCCCCCAAGGUGGGCUUGCAGUAUCAGGGCCCAGAACUUGAUGCAAUGAAAGCAGUUGCUGAUGCUCAUUCAAAACGCUCUCUUAAGCUCUUUGAGACUGCACUUCGGAACUUUAGGGCCCAGUUAGAGGGAGAUCCUAUUGUCCACAGGCACCUCUCAUCACUGUAUGACACUUUGUUGGAGCAGAACCUUUGCCGGUUGAUUGAGCCUUUCUCUCGGGUUGAAAUAGCUCACAUUGCUGAAUUAAUUGAGUUGCCGGCUGAACAUGUUGAGAAGAAAUUAUCUCAGAUGAUUCUGGAUAAGAAGUUUGCGGGCACUCUGGACCAGGGGGCUGGAUGCCUUGUAAUUUUUGACGACCCAAAGACAGAUGCUAUAUACCCAGCUACAUUGGAAACUAUUGAGAAUAUGGGCAAGGUGGUUGACAGUUUGUUUGUGAGAUCUGCCAAGAUAAUGGUUUGAUGCCCUCUUCUGCAUUCCCUCUUUGCCGUCCUCUCUACUGAGUCCAUGUUGAAUUUUGUGUCCGUUUCACUACAUUUUUAAGAUGGUUCACUUUAUUCCUACAAUGUCGUAUCAUCAGAACUGUUGGCAGAUUUGUGUCCCUUUCGCUGCUUUUUUUAAGAUGGUUCAGUUUAUUCACUUUACAUCAGGACUCUUGGCAGAUUUGGUCAGGGUGAUGGAUUUAUUAUUUGCAUCUUUGUACUCUAUUAGGUGUGUUUAGUUGUUGAACAUUUUGGUA